CAAUUUGUGAGCCCACAGUGAUGAAAUCGAGCUCUGGGCAAAUCAGAGGCGCCUGUCAACUUCCCAGGUGGGACUGCCUGGGGUGAGCAGACUGAACUCGGAGCUGGGGCAGAGCAGCUGCACGGGGCUCGCUGACGGAGAGGCUGACGGAGAGCCAGAGCCGGAGCCGGCAUGGCUGCAAAAGGCUCCACGCGGUCGAGCCAGGUCUUCUCUCUGUUCACGUUUGCCAUUGGGGUUCAUAUCUGCUUAGGGGUCACCGUGAGCCGCAUCAAGAGGGCAGAAGGAUGGGACGAAGGCCCCACUUCAGUCUUGUCAGACGCUCCCUGGACCAAUGUCUCUGGAUCAUGCAAGGGCAGAUGCUUUGAGCUUCAAGAGGUCGGACCCCCGGACUGUCGCUGUGACAACCUGUGUAAGAGCUACAGCAGCUGCUGCCAUGACUUCGAUGAGCUCUGCUUGAAGACAGCUCGCGGCUGGGAGUGCACCAAGGACCGAUGCGGGGAGGUUCGGAAUGAGGAGCACGCCUGCCACUGCUCCGAGGACUGCCUGGCCCGAGGAGACUGCUGCACCAACUACCAGGUGGUCUGCAAAGGAGAAACACACUGGGUGGAUGAUGACUGCGAAGAGAUAAAGGCCCCGGAGUGUCCUGCCGGGUUCGUCCGCCCUCCGCUCAUCAUCUUCUCGGUGGACGGGUUCCGUGCAUCCUACAUGAAGAAGGGCAGCAAGGUCAUGCCCAACAUCGAGAAGCUCAGGUCCUGCGGUACACACUCUCCCUACAUGAGGCCUGUGUACCCUACCAAAACCUUCCCAAACUUGUACACCCUGGCUACCGGACUGUACCCAGAAUCGCAUGGCAUUGUGGGUAAUUCCAUGUAUGAUCCUGUGUUUGAUGCCACCUUCCACCUCCGAGGGCGGGAGAAAUUUAACCACCGCUGGUGGGGAGGUCAGCCGCUAUGGAUUACAGCCACCAAGCAAGGGGUGAGAGCUGGAACGUUCUUUUGGUCAAUGCCAUCAGUCUAUGCCUUCUAUUCUGAACAACCUGAUUUCUCUGGACACAAAUACGGCCCCUUCGGUCCUGAGGAGAGUAGUUAUACCUCACCUCUUACUCCGGCUAAGAGACCUAAGAGGAAAGUUGCCCCUAAGAGGAGACAGGAAAGACCAGUUGCUCCUCCAAAGAAAAGAAGAAGAAAGUUACAUAGGAUGGACCACUAUACGGCGGAAACGCGUCAGGACAAAAUGACAAAUCCACUGAGGGAUAUUGACAGAACUGUGGGCCAGCUCAUGGAUGGUCUGAAGCAACUCAAGCUGCACCGGUGUGCGAAUGUCAUCUUCGUUGGAGACCAUGGAAUGGAAGAUGUCACCUGUGAAAGAACUGAGUUUCUGAGCAAUUACCUGACCAACGUGGAUGAUAUUACCUUAGUACCUGGGACGCUGGGAAGAAUCCGGCCCAAGUUUAACAAUAAUGCUAAAUACGACCCUAAGGUCAUCAUCGCCAAUCUCACGUGUAAAAAACCAGACCAGCACUUCAAACCUUACCUGAAGCAGCACCUUCCCAAACGCCUGCACUACGCCAACAACAGGAGGAUCGAGGACAUCCACUUGCUGGUGGACCGCAGAUGGCACGUGGCGAGGAAAUCUUUGGACGCCUCUAAGAAACCUGUGGGGAAGUGUUUUUUCCAGGGGGACCAUGGAUUUGAUAACAAGGUCAACAGCAUGCAGACUGUUUUUGUAGGUUAUGGCCCAUCAUUUAAAUACAAGACUAAAGUGCCCCCAUUUGAAAACAUCGAACUUUACAACGUCAUGUGUGAUCUCCUGGGAUUAAAACCUGCUCCUAACAAUGGAACCCACGGAAGCUUGAAUCACCUGCUGCGCAGCAAUACCUUCCGGCCAGUGAUGCCUGAGGAGGUCACCAGGCCGAACUACCCGGGGGUCAUGUACCUGCAGUCGGACUUCGACCUGGGCUGCACCUGUGAUGAUAAGAACAAAUUGGAUGAACUCAACACGCGCCUUCAUACCAAAGCGUCUACCGAAGAGAGACAUCUCCUCUACGGACGACCUGCGGUGCUGUACCGGACCAGAUACGACAUCUUAUACCACACUGACUUCGAAAGCGGCUACAGUGAGCUUUUCCUGAUGCCUCUCUGGACUUCCUACACCAUUUCCAAGCAGGCCGAGGUCUCUGCCAUCCCCGAGCACCUGAGUGGCUGCGUACGCCCGGAUGUGCGGGUCUCUCCAGGUUUCAGUCAGAACUGCCUGGCCUACAAAAAUGACAAGCAGAUGUCCUACGGAUUCCUCUUCCCGCCCUAUCUGAGCUCUUCACCAGAAGCUAAAUACGACGCAUUCCUUGUAACCAAUAUGGUGCCAAUGUACCCUGCUUUUAAACGAGUGUGGAAUUAUUUCCAGAGAGUAUUAGUGAAGAAAUAUGCCUCAGAAAGAAAUGGAGUUAAUGUGAUAAGUGGACCAAUUUUUGACUAUGAUUAUGACGGCCUCCACGACACGGAAGACAAGAUUAAGCAGUUCGUGGAAGGCAGCUCCAUCCCAGUGCCCACUCACUACUAUAGCAUCCUCACCAGCUGCCUGGACUUCACGCAGCCGGCCGACAAGUGCGACGGGCCCCUGUCGGUGUCCUCGUUCAUCCUGCCGCACCGGCCAGACAACGAUGAAAGCUGCAAUAGCUCAGAGGACGAAUCCAAGUGGGUGGAAGAGCUCAUGAAGAUGCAUACAGCUCGGGUGCGGGACAUCGAGCAGCUCACUAGUCUGGAUUUCUUCCGAAAGACCAGCCGCAGCUACCCAGAAAUCCUGUCCCUCAAGACCUACAUGCAUACGUACGAGAGCGAGAUUUAGCUUCCCAAUCACACAUGGCGCAGUCUUAUCACCUGGUGUAUAUUUUUAUAUUGUGUUUGUAUUUAUUAAUUUGAACCAAGACAUUAAAAAAACCUUAGUAUUUUAAUCCUGUACCAAAUCUGACAUAUUAAGCCUGAAUGACUCCACUGUUUUUCUCUAAUGUUUGAUUUAGGUAGCCUUGUGUGCAGAUAGAGCUGGUGAUAAAUACUGCAGCUUGAGAUCUGAGCGGGAGCUUCGAAAGGGGGCUGCAGAUCGGAUAUUUGCAUUGAGGGAAUAUUACUUUCCAAUGCACAGUCGCCACAUGCAGUCCUGUACUGUACUGAAAUACUGAUUUUGUAAAGUUGCAUUCAUUUGCUGUUAACUAUGAAAGACAUAUUUAAGCCUUAUAGACCAAUCCUAAAUAUAAUAAAUCACAUGUUCAGUUUUU